AUGAGCUCUAUUGGAUAUAAGGAAGAGAAGGAAAAGGCAGCCGUGACUCAGGCUGAGAACAUAGACGGUCAAUGUCUCAACAAUGAGGUCAACAUCAGUCAAAACUCGAUGGACCAUACUCACCGAGGUUUGACGAACAGACAUUUGCAGUUUAUAGCGAUUGGAGGAACGAUUGGCACAGCACUCUUUGUUUCUAUUGGAGGCAGUCUUGUAAAAGCAGGUCCCGCAAGCCUUCUCCUUGCUUUCAUAUUGUACUCGACCGUUGUACUCUCUGUCAAUAGCUGCCUUGCGGAGAUGGUUACGUACCUUCCUAUAUCAUCUUCUUUCAUUCGUUUUGCGGGAAGAUGGGUCGACGAUGCUUUUGGCUUCGCUGUUGGUUACAAUUUUUUCAUCUAUGAGGCCGUAUUGAUACCAUUUGAGAUGACGGCUUUUGCGAUUCUUCUUACCUUCUGGACCGAUCAGAUACCUGUUGCAGCUACUGUUGCAUUCUUAAUAGUUCUCUACGCCUUUCUCAACUUUUUCGCCGUAUCAUACUACGGUGAGGCUGAAUUUUGGCUGGCAUGCGGUAAAGUGUUCUUGAUUAUUGGAUUGGCACUUUUUACAUUUUUCACAAUGAUAGGCGUCAAUCCUCAAAGGACCGCAUAUGGCUUUCGAUACUGGAGGGACCCUGGACCUUUCGCGUCAUACCUCGAGCCUGGUAGCACCGGUCGUCUGAUUGGUUUCUUGAUGGCCGUCAUUCAAGCCGGAUUCACCAUUGCAGGUCCUGAAUAUAUCUCUAUGGCUGCCGGCGAAGUAAAGAAUCCUCGAACAUCUUUACCUCUUGCUUACCGUACAAUGAGGUACAGAUUCGCAGCUUUUUUCAUAGGAGGCGCGCUAUGCGUAGGAAUUAUUUGUCCUUACAAUGACCCGACGCUUGUAGCUAUCAACCUUGGAACAAAGGAAGGUGGCGGUACUGGUGCUGCAUCACCAUAUGUGAUAGGCAUGAAUAGGCUGAACAUUCCGGUACUCCCUCACAUCACGAAUGCCUUAAUUUUGACAUCAAUCUUAUCCGCAGGAAAUUCAUAUGUCUACUGUUCUAGUAGAAGUCUGUUUGGCUUGGCUUUGGACGGCAAAGCUCCCAAGAUUUUUACUAGAUGCACAAGCGCCGGAGUGCCCAUUUACUGUGUAUUCAUGAGCUUGGGAAUUUCCUGCCUUGCAUUUCUCCAAGUGAGCAAUUCAUCAUCUGUCGUUCUGAGCUGGUUCUUCAACCUUAUUACGGCUUCCCAACUCAUCAACUUCGCCUGCGCUUGUGUCACUUACAUGUUCUUCCGUCGAGCUUUCUUGGCUCAAGGGUUCUCUCGAGACAAUCUACCGUACAAAUCUCAUUGGCAACCAUUUCUUGCUUGGUAUGGCUUUUUCGGCUGCUGCUUAGUGAUGCUGUUGAACGGAUUCUAUCUCUUUAUCAGCGGCUCCUGGAAUACGAAAUCCUUCUUUUUCUGUUAUUCCAUGAUCGCGGUUUUCCCUAUCCUGUUCUUUGGGCGGAAAUGGUGGAGUCGAACGUCAUUGGUUAAGUCCACAGAGGCCGACCUAGUGUCGGGGCUAGAAGAGAUCGAAUCUUAUGAGCGCACACAUCCUAUAGAAAAGCCUAAAUCCACCAUAUGGAGAAUCUGCUCGAAGAUUAUAGGAUUCUAG